CUUGAGCGUGAAUUAUUCACGCGUUGCAUUCAGCCUCGACUUGUUGAGUUCUGCGCUUCUUCAGAGAUUUAUCAUUACUCAACUUUGCGGAAUCCAGGUGCUUUCUCUAGCUCACCAGCCUGGCUGCCUAGAUUUGCCCGACAUGGACUGGAGCUUCGCAUCUGUGACAUGCGUUGGGGUCUAACUGAUUGGGCAGUAGACAAUCAUCGCGUUGAAAGAAUCUGCCAUCACGAGAUAGACAAUAGCUCGAGAUCUUCGUCAGGGGCCUUUUUCCUUGUGAGUCAAUCAGAGAAAUCCUUACUUUCUGAAAUAACUUAA